AUGGCUGACAAAAGCACCCAAAAUUCUAAAGCAAACAGUAACAAGGCUGAUGAACAACAACGCCCGAGGCUGACUUCUACAAAGAAAUGUGAAUGUCCAUUCUUAUUAAAAGCCUUUAAUAUUAGUGGGGAUGAGUGGGUACUUGAGGUUGCUUUCGGAAUCCACAAUCAUGUUGCCCCAUCAUAUCUAGAAGGUCAUUCCUAUGCAGAGCGACUAUCUAAAGAAGAAUAUGAGUUGUUGGUGGAUAUGUCUAAGCGUUUAAUGAGACUUAAGGAUAUAUUGAUUGCCAUAAAGAGCCAAGAUCCAAGUAAUACAUCAAUGAUGAGAACUAUAUACAAUGCUAGGUAUUUUGCUCGGAUUAUCACUAGAGCAUGCAGAACUCAAAUGCAACAAUUACUAAAGAAUUUGCGCGAUCAUCAUUAUAUUGAGCAUCAUAGAAGCGAAGAUCACGUGGUCACUGAUUUAUUUCGGUGUCAUCCAUUCAGUCUUCAAAUGCUACAUACAUUCCCACAUGUACUUAUCAUGGAUUGCACCUAUAAGAUAAACAUGUAUCGUUUUCUACUUUUUGAGAUUGUGGGCAUUACAUGCACUGAGCAAACUUUCAAUGUUGCAUUUGUUUACAUGUCAAAGGAGGCAGAAGAUAAUUAUAGAUGGGCACUGAGUAGGUAA